GGCGCACCUCCUCGCCAAGCGUUGAUUGGCCAAAGCUGCGAUCAGUCAGCGGGAACAGACUUCCCUUCUCCUUCUGGCCAACUGCGGGAGAAAAAACUAUCCAGGAGAUGAGGCAGUGGCUCCUUUGAUUGCUUGCUCCAGAGAUAGAGUGCAACGGAGAAGGCGAGCUUCUUUACUGGUCAAGAAAGCCCCUCUCUCGCCCUUCGUUAGCUAAUUACAAAAUUUCCGGGAACUAGCCAUCACGAGUUGCCUGUUCUUGAAGACAUUCCAUCGUUCCGUUGACCUUUCCGGUCCUCACCGAGGCCUGUGAAGUUAUGUCAACAGCGGCCUUAAUUACUUUGGUUAGAAGUGGUGGGAACCAGGUGAGAAGAAGAGUGCUGCUGAGCUCCCGCCUGCUGGAGGACAGGCGAGUGCCACCCUCCUGCCACAGCUCCACUUCAGAACCCAGGUGUUCUCGGUUUGACCCUGAUGGUAGUGGACGGCCAGCCACCUGGGAUAAUUUUGGAAUCUGGGAUAACCGCAUUGAUGAGCCGAUCCUGCUGCCACCCAGCAUUAAGUAUGGCAAGCCAAUUCCCAAAAUCAGCUUGGAAAAUGUGGGAAGCUCUUCCCAUAUUGGCAAACGGAAAGAGAAUGAAGAUCGGUUUGAUUUUGCUCAGCUAACGGAAGAGGUCCUGUACUUUGCAGUGUAUGAUGGACACGGGGGACCUGCAGCGGCUGAUUUCUGUCACACCCACAUGGAGAAAUGUAUUGUGGAUUUACUUCCUAAGGAGAAGAACUUGGAAACUGUGUUGACCUUGGCUUUUCUAGAAAUAGAUAAAGCCUUUGCAAACCAUGCCCACCUGUCUGCUGAUGCAACCCUUCUGACCUCUGGGACUACUGCCACAGUAGCCCUUUUGCGAGAUGGUAUUGAACUGGUUGUAGCCAGUGUUGGGGACAGCCGUGCUAUUUUGUGUAGAAAAGGAAAACCCAUGAAGCUGACCAUUGACCAUACUCCAGAAAGAAAAGAUGAAAAAGAAAGGAUCAAGAAAUGUGGUGGUUUUGUUGCUUGGAAUAGUGUGGGACAGCCUCAUGUAAAUGGCAGACUUGCAAUGACAAGGAGUAUUGGAGACUUGGAUCUUAAAGCCAGUGGUGUGAUAGCAGAACCCGAAACAAAGAGAAUUAAGCUACAGCAUGCUGAUGACAGUUUCCUGGUCCUCACCACAGAUGGAAUUAACUUCAUGGUGAACAGUCAAGAGAUUUGUGACUUUGUCAAUCAGUGUCAUGAUCCUAAUGAAGCUGCCCAUGCAGUGACUGAACAGGCCAUACAGUAUGGUACUGAAGAUAAUAGUACAGCAGUAGUAGUGCCUUUCGGUGCCUGGGGAAAAUACAAGAACUCUGAAAUCAACUUCUCAUUCAGCCGAAGCUUCGCCUCCAGUGGACGCUGGGCCUGAUCGCUGCCUUGGACUUUGAGUUUCUGUGCAAUAUUGUUUUUCUGAGCAUGUCAAGAAACUGAUAAGAUAAAAAAUGUUACCUGUAGUAGUAAGUUGCUAGAUCAACACACAAGUCUGAGUAAACUUAAUAACCAUUUACAUAGAGGUAUUUUCAUGAAUACCUAUCACAUUUAUGUUCACCUCUUCAUGCUCAGUAUAAAAAAUAUGUGUAAUUAAGCUACUGUGAGUCUCUAAGUUGAGUGGGCAAAUGAGAAGUGGUUUUGGUAUAUUCGAUGGGUAUUAUAGGUUUUUUCAGGUUUUUUUGUUUUGUUUAUUUUUGGUGCUGGGGAUUGAACCCAGGGGUACUUUACCACUGAGGUAUAUCCCCAGCCCUUUUUAUUUUUUGUUUUGAGAUGGGAUUUUGCUAAGUUGCUGAGGCUUUCACUAAAUUGCUGAGUCUUAGCCUCAGCUUCCCACAAUGCUGGAAAUAUAGGUGUGGGCCACUUCUGGGUUUGAUGAGUGUUACGUUUCUGUGUGUGUGUGUGUAUAUGUGUGUGGGGGGGUGCUAAGGAUCAAAACCAGGGUUUUGCACAUAAAUUUCUAAUUUUUACCACUUGGGCAGCUAUGGUUUCUUUUCAGCCUUUUGACAGCUAUUCAAGGUGUUAUCUGCAACUUUUUUUUUCUUUUUUUCUUUUUUUAAAAUACAAAUGGGCCCUCACUGUAUUGCCCAGGAUGGCUCUGAACUUCUGAGCUCAAGUGUUUCUCCUGCCACAGUCUCCUGCAUGGCUGGGACUUUAGGGCCCACCACUACAAAGGCACACCACUAUGGCUUACUCGAAAGUGUGUAUUUUUAAUAGUAGUAUCAAGGAGCACAUGUGAAAACUGGGUUCUCUGUUAUCACAUUUUGUAUUCUGGACCACUGACUGGUAAAUAUAACCAUGCAAAAGAAAUUCAUUCAAAUGACAUCACUAAAUUAUAUACAUUUUUCUCAUUUUUUAUUGGUGCAUUAUAAUUACUAAAUUAUACACAUAUUUAUAAACAGCACACUUGUAUCUUCAGCUGUUAAUAGCUCUCUCCAUUCAUUCCUGUUUUUAUGUAAUUAAAUAUAUUAUAUAGAUGUGAGUAUUCCUGAGCUCUAGUGGAUAGCUCAGUAAUAUUGCAUGUGCUUUUGAGAGACCCUUGGUUCAAUCCCUAGUACCAAAAAAAAAAAAAAAAAAACAGUACUCAGAUGUGCUAUUAUUUAACAUCAGAAAAGAUUGCACAAACUUAGGAUCUUUUGGUCAAAACAACACAAAGUUCAGUAUGGACAAACUGACAGUAUGGAGUGUUUUGUAUUAAGUUUCCAUUGAUUAUCUCUAACUUUGUGCUUUGUGUUUUAAAUAUAGUAUAUAUAUCUUUUUUUGUAUAGAGUAAACAAGUUGGAUAUUUUGUUAGUAAAAAUAAUACCACAUUGACUGAUAUUACUAUUACAGACAUAGCUUGAGGUUUAUGUCCCUGUUUUGCUCAUUUCUAAGACUUAAGAGAAAGAAUAAAUCUAAAACAGACAUAUAUAAAAGUGUUCUGUAUUUCAUCUUGCUAUGUGUUUUAGGAAUGUAACCCUGUGCUUUUUACCUGCAUGUAAGUUUGCUGUUAAGCUGUGAAUCUCCAAAUGUGUGUUUGGAAUAACAUUUGCAGUUUGUUUAUACAGAUUUUGUAAAUUGGUUUUAUGUGUAUUGUGUGUGUGUAUAUAUAUAUAUGUAUAUAUUUUGAAGUAAUAUAAAAUGAAAGGGAACAAUCUUGCAUAGCUCCUUCACCAGUUAGGUUUAAAUUAUUGGUAUUUUUAUCCCUGAGGAUGAUGGGAAAACUGAGGGUAGUUCUUCUAUAGUGGAGAAUCAGUGGUUAUCGACAGGUAAGGACAUGGAUUAAGAAUGGUUGUAGGAGGCACUUUAUUUUGGGUAAUAAAACCGGAGAACCAGGAACAGAGCUGGCAUGUUGAAGCUACAUUGUUAUGUGGUAAUUAGAAUAUAAAACGAAUACUGAGAAUUAGAAUGACAUGGAAUUUUGUGAUAGAAAUAAAAAAAGAUAUGAAAAAAGAAAAAUUCAAUGUAGUAUAUAUCUUCAACUUUUAGUUUCCAAGACUUAUUUUUUUUCUUUCUUUCAACUUUGUUUAAGGGGUUAUUUAGAAAGAACAGGAUUCAAUAUAAGUACAUAAAUCUUCUCAGCUUUUGGGAAAUGGAAGAAAAUAAAUUUUGUUUUCCUGCCUAUAUUAAUCAGGAAUUGUCCUUUGG